AUGUCCAACCAAGCCAACAAGUCCAUGGCCGAUCUCAAGGAGAUCACUGGCCAACUUCUCGCGAUCAUCCGCACUGCCCGACAAAUUCCCCCUGUCCAGGAUCAUGGUGACUCAACAUGCCUUCCCGGCCUUGUCUUGUCUUGUUUACGGGAGUUCAUCCGGACUCGCAACUGUUCUCCGCAGGAGGCCCCAAACUGGCAGAGCAUCAGCCAUGACGACCCUCGACUCAUGCAGCACAGCUGGCGCAGCAAGGCCCUCGCCUGGCAAGCCUUGGGCGACCACUCGUUCGAUCUCACACACGAGGUCGAUGGUGGUGACACCGACAAUGCUCCCAGUCCCUUGAUGAGCGUGGAUGGUGAUGCUUUGGAGAAGGGGAAAGGGAAGGCGAGGGAAGUGGAGCCGGAGAAAGAGAAGGAGAGGGAGAAGCCGAAGGACGAGCAGGAGAAGCCACACAGGAAGCGGCCUUUCUCCCAGAUGUUGAAGCCGGUCCCAAAGUCGGCGAUGAAGAGGCUGAAGAGGGGGAAGUCAGGGCAGGAACGGAAAUCAAGGGAAUCGGUGGAUUCAUCGGACGAGGAGGAGGAAGAGGACGGGUCCUUGAAGCCCCGCUCAGACACACCAUCGGUGAUUGUCACUCGGUGGGUUUCCCCCGCCCAACCAUCAAGGCCCUCUGGGCCUCCCCGAUCCCCAGGCUCUCCGAAGAAGGCCCCCUUCGGCCCUGGAAUGGUCCCCAAAUCUAACAUUCAGCAGACACCUCCGCUCAUGCGCCCUGACAUCCCAGAGUCAUCUCAAGCAACUUCCGAGAGCCCGAGGGAUGUGCCCCCAGUUGUGGACGCCAGCGCCAUUCUCAUUCCCGGACCGCAUGAGCUGCCGUGCACCACCAGGUUUGAUAAGCGGAAGGGCAUGGCCCUCAUGUCAUGUGUCCUGUGCACGACGAAGAAAGUGAAGUGCAUCUCGGCACGUCUCAGCACCCUAGCCUCCACCACUCGAGGACGGUCUACCGAGUGCUUGAGGGCCUCCUCGACAGGCCCAUCGACCUCCCAGUCGACGGGCAACCCACCCAAGCCACGGUCCCGGGGCCGAAGCAAGCCCUUGGGCUUGGCGACAAUGCCCAUCCCCCCUGCAGCUGUCAUUGCAUCAUCGAGUUCGGCUGCCCCCCAUGCAGCCCAGGACCUCCCGAUCCCGGACCUCCACUGGAUGUUGAUCGCAAUUCGCAAGAGCACAAAUCACAUUGCAGCUCUGGAGGCUCCGACAUCUGUCAUUCCCCCUCCCGCUGCAACUUUGUCUCUACUCCUUGAUCAAGCCUCUCCCGGGUCGCAGUCCCAUGUGCACUUGGCACCCUUGCUGCUCAUCAACUUCAGCACCAACUCAACAGGCAAGGAAGCCUCCACCAUCAUUGCCCCAGUAAUGGAGCCAACAAUCCCACCCUCUCAGACUGAAGCAGCGUUGGACCCUGCUCCUGCCAUUGCAUCGACGGUUCCCGUCGAUGCAGUUCACAGCCCGGCCGAUGAUGGCGCCUCCACCUUCGCAUCGGCCUUCGCACUUCCGGGCCCCCUGGAAAUGCACCCCAGCCCUUUGGAGAUUCCCGAGGAUGGCCCAAGCACUGCUGAGAUUGUUGAGCAUGGGUCGCCCCUCAACCUUCUUCCGGAAUAUGAUUCCGGUGAUGAGCAGGACGCCGCAAUGCAAAUAGUACUCAACAAUCAGUACCGCAUACCCAACAUUAUGCAAACCUCUGAGCCCCGCGCAUGUAACAAAGAGUCUCAAGGACCGAGUCCCGAGCAUCUCGGUGCUCAGUACUCAGUCUUUGCCUUUCAGUUUUUGAUCCUCGGCUCUCCGAGUCCCGAGCAUCUUGGUGCUCGGAACUCAGUCUUUGCCUUUCAGCUUUCGAUCCUCGGCUCUCCGACCUCAAUACCUCAGUACUUGGUUUGGUUCUUGGUACUUGAUACUGGUUCUCGGUACUCAGUACCUGGUUCGGCCCUCGGUACAUGUACUCGGUACUUGACACUCGGUGACCAGUUUGCAAUCCCCAACCCUCGGUACCCAGUACUCAGUUCUCGGUACUUGAUCCUCGCUGCCCAGUUUGAUAUCCCCGAUCCUCAGCACUCAGUUGUCAGCCCUCAGUCCUUGAUCCUCGGUACUCGAUACUCGGUGCCUGGGUCACCAUCCCCAGCCCUCGGUACUCAGUACUCAUUUCUUGGAACUCCACACCCGGGUCGCGAUUCACCAUCCUCGAUCCUUGGUGCUCGGUUCUCAGCUCUCAGUACUUGA